UGCGCCCUGACACUCUCUCUGAUCUCCUGCGGUAGCCAGUCUGGGCCGACCGCGUCUCAGUUGGAUGGAAGCAUGUCUGAUCGGACGCUAUAUCUAGCAUCUCAUUGUGUCAUGCUUGACCUUGGAGCGCCCCUUGGGUCGUGGCCGGAAGACCACGUCGUCCCGCUGGACAUUCUACAGAUUCUUCAGCAAAGCCCCGACGUCUAUGUCUACACAUUCAAAGGGCAGACCAGGACACUCGUCUGCAAGGAGCUCGUCAAACCCAGUCUUCCGCCUCUUGUGCGAGAGAUCGCCAUCGUCAAUAAAGCAGGAGACUGCAGCGUUCCUUAUAUUUGCCGCUACUUUCUGAAACCACACGGUGAACUUCUGGGGCUGAUCAUGACAUACGAAUCCGUCGUGAUCCCCUCCGCCAUCGAGACUCGCGCGGAACGCAUUCGAACGAUCCAUGAGCUAUGUGAUCUGGUAGAGCGCUUCCACGCCAGGGGUCUCGUACAUGGGGAUAUCAAACCCGACAAUCUGCUGCGCUGCUCGGACGGUUCACUUCGCUUUUGCGACUUCGGCACCUCCUGCGUCGCCGGAGAUAGCUAUCUGACUCCCGGGCCCACGAUGGCAUACACCACCGCUGCCCGAUCGCGAGCGACGACGGAGAUGCCGACGACCAGGGAGGAGGACUAUCAUUCUCUUGCGAUGACCAUCUGGCAGCUGUUUACUGGAGGCACCGACUUCUGGAUCCGGGAUCUGCACUUCAAGGGCGACGAAGACUUUGAUGCGUACGAUGCAGCGCAGGAUGCCUUGAAGCUUGGGCGUCGGCCCGACAUGACUCGCAUCGACGACCCCGACAUAGCUAAGCUCAUUCUCAAGUACCUGGACUUGGGCCCUCCGGUCGAAGACGCAGAUCUCCAGACGUGGUCGAUGUGCUACGAGAAGACGUAUCGCUUGCGGGACUGCCGGUGUGUCCCAGAGUGCACUGCGACUCGCAAAAUCACCUGCAUGUCCUGUGAAAAGGCCCAGCCUGCUUCCCCGGCAAUAUGCCCGCGAUUGUAUGUGGAGCCGUUCGUCCGUGACCCCACGAAAGAGGUGAAUACCACGUGCAACGUCAAUGUCCCGGCAACAGCGGCAGUUUAACGAGUUGGAGGUCCUCAACUCGCCAGGAAGCUAUUCGUAGAUGCUUGCAGAUGCAUGCACUAGAUUCGGCGUGUAUGUUGCCAUUCAGCCUGGCAUUGUCUGGCCCUCUAGUUGGUCGAUUUGCGUCCCGAGCUGUAACACAUGGAUGUCGGCAGGGUUAUUCUAAGGUCGGAGAUCUACGAGACUUGAAGCCAGACGCCCUCAGAGGGUGUUUGAAUGAAGCUCGAAUGAGCCAUCGGGAUGUAGCGCCCGAUAGAUCUGCCUCGCUCCGUGCAACAGAGUUCCACCAAGUCAUAUCCGGGGACAGGAGAGGCAGACCAUUUGUACAGUAAUGAUAGACGCGAGAAGAAAUUCGGAUGUUUUCGCAGGUCCACCAUAUGCUCAGCAAUUCAUGGAUUGAGGAAGGUAAAGGCAGCCCGCAUUGCCUCCAGAUACUAGCAAGCGUCACCAGCAGCUUAAAAGUCUCUUUUUGAUGACCUCACUGUUCCCAUCAUUCUUGCCCGUUAUCUUCCGUGAGCCUCUGUGACUGUUCGCGUCUAGUGUUCUUCUCUAGUCUUAGACACGCGCCCGUUUCGCUCUGCACCUGCAGAGAUAGCACUCGGGCUCUAAUGAGCAACCAUCUGGGCCCACUCGCUUUCAUGCAGGCAAGCCACCGCGGCAAGCUCAUCUUGGAACUUGGUGUGAAGGCAGCAAUCGAUAUGAGUAAUCCGGAAUCGGGGGACGAAACAGUGUUAUAAAUGGCAGUGCGAUAGGCCAGCUCUUCAACGAUGUGUCCUACCUUUCACUUCAACACGACCGCCGAGGACGUUGCGACGGCAUUCGCAGAACAGAUCCAAGGCAAAAACGUUCUCGUCACCGGGACGUCGCUCAAUGGCAUAGGGUUCGAGACUGCGCGCGCCGUGGCGAAAUAUGCAAAUCUAGUAAUCGUCACAGGAUACAACAAGGAGCGGCUUGGGCUGACUCAAACCGAACUCCAGAAGGACGGCCCUCACGCCGAAAUCCGACCACUCGUCCUGGACCUCGCCUCGCUCAAAGACGUGCGCAGGGCGGCUGCCGAAGUCAAUGCCUAUGCUGAACCGAUCCAAGUCCUGAUCAACAACGCAGUCGCCGCUAUCGCGGGAUUCAAGCUGAGCGCAGACGGGUUCGAGAAUCAACUCGCAAUCGACCAUCUGGGCCCAUUCCUCUUCACCGCUCUCAUUUCUCCAAAGCUCCUGGCCGCACGGACCGAGACCUUUACCCCGCGGGUCGUAUUCGUGUCCAGCCUGGCGCAUCUUCUCGGGGCUGUGAACCUUGAGACCUGGGGUAUACCCGACCAGGCAUCAUACGAUUUAAUGGGCGCCUAUGCCCAAGCAAAGACGGCCAACAUCCUCACUGCUGCCGAGCUCUCGCGUCGGUCCAAAGGGGCAAUCGAGAGCUACAGUCUGCAUCCAGGGAAAAUCGCUGAGAAACGGAAGGAGUUCGGUAUCCUCCUCCCUGAUGGCUCACCCAGCCUCGAGAAGUAUCAUUGGAAGUCGAUCCCGGAGGGCUCCGCGACGACGGUUGCGGCUGCGUUUGACCCGCGACUGGAGGAAACACCGGGGGCGUUUCUGGACGAUUCGAAAGUGGCGAACCACAAGCUCUCGACGCAGGCUGCUGAUCCUGCUAUUGUGGCCAGGCUGUGGGAUGUCACGGAGGAGCUCGUUGGUUUCAAGUUUACCUUCUGAAACCCAUCGAAACUCUGUCUUGGCAUGUGCAAAUAGCAGUGGUCUCGGUUUCACUUUGUAAGAUGCAGCAAAUGUAUUAUGGAAUCGACGGAGUAAGGCAUUCUGUCGGGGAACACGACGCUUUCUAGUAACUUGUUGUACAUGAUGAUUACUAGUCACUUCGAUCACGGUGAUGUCAUGACGUCUGCAUGUUACUCUACAAAACCCAUCUCAAUACAAAAUCUGUCUCACCAUCACUUGUCCGUCAUGGCCAGUCUUGACCUUACCGCUCCCUUUGGCGCAUGGCCAGAAGACACGCCAUUCCCUUUGGAGUCGUGCGAAGUGCUCAAAAACUCUAAAGAGAUCUGUGUCGUCAAAUUCUCCGGAAAGACGACCUCACUAGUGUGCAAAGAGCCGACAGAUCCUGAUUUCUCUUCCAUGGCGCGCGAAAUUCAGAUUGUGCGUCAAGCGGGCGACUGCAGCGUGCGUUACCUCGGCCGCUACAUGUACAAGCCCCGCCAAGUACUGAUGGGGCUCGUCAUGUCCUUCGAGACGGUGAUCAACCCUUCCGCCAUCGAGACUCGGGCACAGCGUGUGGCGAUCAUCCACGAAAUUUGCGACCUGGUCGACAGAUUCCAUGUGCGAGGUCUGGUGCACGGAGACAUCAAGCCUGACAAUCUCCUGCGCUGCGCGGAUGGCACUCUCCGCUUUUGUGAUUUUGGCAACUCGUGCUUUGCUGGGGAUGGCUAUUUGACGACCGGGCCGACAAUGAGCUAUGAGACUGCAAACCGGCACCGUGCAAUGCAGAAGCUUCCACCGACCCGGGAGGAGGACUACCAUUCUGUUGCUAUGUCUGCCUGGGAGAUCUACACCGGCGGAAACGACUUUUGGAUCAAGGGCAUGUAUUUCCGCGGGGGUGCUAGUGACGACGACACCUUUGACGUGGUGGAGGACGCUCUGAAGCUUGGCCGGCGACCCGACAUGGCUCGCAUCGAUGACCCCGACAUAGCGCAGCUCAUUCUCAAGUACCUGGAUCUGGGGCCUCCGGUUGAGGACGCGCCCAUUCAGACACGAGCCAUGUGCUACCGAAAGUCGUAUCGUCUCCGAGGAUGCCAGUGUGUGCCUGAAUGUACAACCACUCUCUACUUCACUUGCCUUGCUUGCAAAGAAAGCGGAUCGGAACCCGUAGCAUGUCCACGACUGUAUGUCGAGCCAUUUGUCAGAGCUCCAACAUCAAGCACACCGUAUUGCUCGUGUCAUGAUCUUGGAGGAGAUAACCGAUUCUCAAGACUACCCCUAGUUAGUGAGGAUAUGAUGCCAGGAACGAUAGACGCGGUUUGAGGGCAGAAAAGUCGGAUACCAAGGAAGAAUAGAAGCUUUGUACUCUGAGAAAACAAGUAAGGCAGGACCCUGAG